AUGAGAGUUCUCACCACUCUCGUAAAUUUGACCCUCGUGGCCGGAGCUCUGGGCAGCAACUGGUUCACCAAAGCUGCAUACAACAAAUGGCACGAGACCGAACUUGAGCGUUGGCUCUCGGACCAUGACGUCCCUUACCCAACACCUGCCGACCGCCGUGACUUGGAGAAGCUGGUCCAACAGAACUGGGAUUCGUACGUCGUGCAGCCCUAUUCGAACUGGGAUAAUCAGCAACUCGCCGACUACCUCAAGCUCAAGGGUGUAGAGACAAAGGACUCUGCCCAGGCUAGCAGGGACAGCUUGGUCUCGCAGGUGCAAAAGUACUGGUACGAGACAGAGGACAAGGCUCAACAGAGCUAUGCGAGCGUCAAGGACUGGAUCCUCGACACCUGGACUGAGAGCCAGCUGAAGGCGUUCUGCGACCACAACAACAUUCCCGUUCCCCAGCCCCGCCAGCGUGAUACUAUGCUCACCAAAGCUCGUGAGAGCUAUGACACCGUCGCCCAGAAGUUCGGAGAGGCCGUUGCUUACCCUGGCAACUGGCUGUACGAGACCUGGUCUGAGUCUGACCUCAAGGAGUGGCUUGAUACCCACGGCUUCCCGGCUCCCCAGCCCUCUACCCGUGACAAGCUCAUUGCCUCGGUCCGCCGCAACUCUCGUCUCGCCUCCUUGAAGGCUCAGGCCGAUGCUGCCAGCGCCUCCAAGAGCGCUCAGGACGCAUAUGCUACUGUGACUGACAAGCUUAUCGACGCCUGGAGCGAGUCUGACCUCAAGGACUUCGCGGACCGCAACGGCAUUCCAGUUCCCCAAGGCACCAAGGUCAACGAGCUUCGUGCCCUGGUUCGUAAGCACCGCGCUGAUAUCCUUGGUGACAACAUUUCUGGCUCUGCCGCUUCCGCCUACGGAGCCGCAACUUCCAAGGCCGGAAACACCUAUGCCAGUGCCACAGAUAGCGCCUCGCUCGCCGCCCAGGAGGCCUUCGACAAGUCCGUCAACACAUGGUCCGAGAGCCGCCUCAAGGCUUACCUGGAUGCUCGUGGUGUUCCCGUCCCUCAAACCUCCAAGGUCGAUGAGCUCCGCGCUUUGGUUCGCAAGAACUCGCAUAAGGCUGCGACGCAGUGGAGCUCGUGGAACUUCGAGGACUACUCGCUCGAGAACCUGAAGAACUACCUGCAGGCCAACGGCGACGCUGCCGCCAAGAAGGUAGCUGCCAAGACUGACGCUACGCGCGCCGACCUUGUCAAGGCUGCACAGUCUGCCUACGGCAGUGCCUCCAAGGCUGGUGGUGAUACGUAUGCCUCAGCAACCAGCUACCUGGCCCAGGCUACCCAGUCGGCCAAGGACAGCACCUUUGAGACCUGGAGCGACAGUGAGCUCAAGGCAUACCUCGACAGCUAUGGCAUUCCUGUUCCCCAGGGCUCCAAGACCAACGAGCUCCGCGCUCUGGCUCGCAAGCAGUGGAUGUACUUCCAGUAUGGUACCACUACACCUGCCGAGACGAUUUUUGCCAAGUUGACCGAGGGCUUCAAGGGCGGUGUUGAGUGGAUUAAGGGACAGCUCAACAUGGGUGCCGACGCUGCCAAGCAGGCCGCUGAUAACGCCAACGCCAAGGUGAAGGAGGAGUUGUAA